AUGACUAGAAUACUUAGACUACUACGACCAUUACGUACUUGUGUGUCAUUAGUGAAGUUACCAAAUGUGUCGUAUCGUUCAUAUUCGACUGUUCCUUCACCGUAUUACCCUACUCGCAAAUCAUAUCAGCCAUCGAAAGAACCAAUAAAUGAGCUCCCAGAAAAUAGCUAUAUACAACCAACACCUGGUCCCGAAGAUCAUAUAAUUGUGGCCAUGUCAUCAGGAGUUGAUUCUUCAGUUUGUGCAGCACUUUUUCAAAAUUACAAAAAUGUUCAUGGUAUAUACAUGGCAAAUUGGUCUCAAAAUGCUACAUGUACUGAGAGAGAUUGGAGAGAUGUGCAAAAAGUAUGUCAAGAUUUGAAUAUCGACUGUGAACGAGUUAAUUUUGAACAUGAAUACUGGAAUGAUGUUUUCUUACCUAUGAUUGAAAAAUACGAAAGGGGACUAACUCCUAAUCCCGAUAUUGGUUGCAACAAGUAUGUAAAGUUUGGGAAAUUAGCUGAAUAUUUGGAACAGAAAUACCAUGGCAAGAAGUGGUGGUUGGUCACUGGUCAUUAUGCACGAGUCAUGAAACAUAACGCAACUGGUGAGUAUCAUUUACUAAGAGGUUUAAGCAGUCGUAAAGAUCAAAGUUAUUACUUGUCCUCCAUUCCAGCCUCAAUUCUAUCAAAGACAAUUUUACCUAUUGGUCAUUACACCAAACCGGAGAUUCGUGAAUUGGCCAAAAAAUUUAAUCUCCAUACGGCUUCAAAACCAGAUUCCCAAGGUUUGUGUUUUGUUAAUCCUAAUCAAUCUAAUUUUAGAGACUUUUUGAACGAAUACAUCCCAGCAAAUCCAGGUGAUAUCGUUACUGAAGACGGCACGGUGUGGGGAAAACACAAGGGUUUAUGGCAUGCUACUAUAGGACAAAGAUCAACGGUUUCAAUGCCACAAGGAGAUCCAAAAUAUCAGGGUGUGUGGUUUGUAAGUGAAAAAAAUAUCGAAAAGAAUCAAUUAGUAAUCGUCAAAGGAACCGAUAACCCGAAACUAUUUAAACAAGUUGUUGAAAUCACGGACUUGGAAUGGAUUCAACCUAAAGAGAAGGUGUUAGCUAUGGAUAAUGUACAAUUUCAGUAUCAUUCAUUAACCACACCAGUUCCAGUCAAAGUGAUUAAAAACAAAGGGGACAAGUUAAUCAUAGAGUUAGAGAAACCAGCAAGAGCUUUAGCUCCUGGUCAAGGAGGGAUUUUAUAUAAUGGCAAUCAAGUUUUAGGUGGAGGAAUGAUAAAUAAAACCUUGUAA